AUGAGCAGAGCUAAGAGGAUUGCAAAAGAGCUAGAAGACGUGAAGAAGGAUAACCUAUCUGGUGUCACUUUAGAGAUGGCUGAGGAUGGUGAUCUUUCACAUUUGAAGGGUACUUUUAUUGGACCACCCGGCACACCAUAUGAGGGAGGGUUGUUUGAAGUUGAUAUUAAAAUCCCAGCAGAAUAUCCCUUCAAGCCACCUAUUAUGAAAUUCGAUACUAGAAUUUAUCAUCCAAAUAUUUCGUCACAGACUGGGGCAAUUUGUCUAGAUAUUUUAAAGGAUGCAUGGACCCCUAUUCUAACCUUAAAGAGUACAUUGAUUUCGUUGCAGAGUCUGCUACAAAGUCCAGAACCGACCGAUCCUCAAGACGCUCAGGUUGCAAAGCUUUAUUUGACUGACCCAAAGAAGUUUGCUGAGACUGCUGCUAGCUGGACAAAGAUCUAUGCACCUAAUGAGAGUUAUAAACCUACUGGUAAGGAAGACUAUACAGAUUUCACCAAACUUGCUGAAAGUCAAAAACAUGUUAAUGAAGAUACUGAUGAAUGUGCUAAAUAUGGAAUCGAUAAAAAUGCGGUACAAAUAUUUGAAGAUAUGGGAUUUCCUCGGGAUAAAAUCAUUCUUUCUUUGAGAAAACUUGGUUUGGAUACUGUCAGAAGUGAUGACGAUUUGACUCAGCAGAAAGUCAUUGAUGAGAUCCUUAAUUCUUAA